AUGCCGCCAGAUAUCAGAAGCUUUUUUGGUGGCAAGCCAAGCCAAGCCAACACCGAGGCUCCCAAGUCUGCGAAAAAUGAAGUAAGUUCUGGUGCCUGGAUGCGACCGCGAGAAAGAAACGUACGAUUACCUGCUUCAUAUCCAUCACCCAUUCACCGAUCUAAUGACAUGACAGGUAGCAGAAAGGUGGUUGAUGAUAGCGAUGACGAUGAUGUCGCACCUGUGAAGCCCGCUACCCCUAAGGCGAAGCCAAAGAGCAAACCUCAGCCGGAAGAGCCCAAGGGAGAAGUAACGACAACGUCGGAUUAUUUUGCGUCCAGCAAGAAACGGGAUCAGACAACUAAGAGCUCCAGCACGACCAAAAAGGCUCCCGAGAAGACCGCCAACCCUCAGAAAGCCAAGAGCGUUGAAAUUACCCCGAAGCCGUCACGCACCUCGAAGAAGGCCACAACUCUCAUUGACGACGACGGCCUUGGAGGUGAUGACAUUUUUGCUUCCGAAUAUACGAAGGCCGGCAAGGGCGAAGAUGCCUACGUUGCCGAAGGUGACAGCGAUGACGAUGACGACGAUUUCGAAGUGCUCGAGGUCAAGCCAGCCGCAGCCAGAGCCAGGAGAACGCAAAACAAGCGACAAAUCGAGGAUGACGAAGACGAUGAUGUAGUGAUGGAAGAUUUGCCAAAGAUUACACCGAAGCCGCGUGCAAGUCGCAAGCGGAAGUCGGAAGCUCUCACUGACGAGGACGAAGAGCCUCCUCAGGAAAAAAAGAAGCGAGCUCCGGCUAAAGCAGCCGCAUCCCCAGCUGCGAAGAAGACGAAGGCCGCCCCGAAAAAGAAGGACCCCGAGCCCGAGAACCCAGAGAUUCAGGCCAUUUUUGACAGCAUCCCCUUGAUUAAAGCACCUUCACCACCUCCACCUGAGGACGGGCCGCCCAAGAAGUGGACUUUCGGUGGCCAGCGCUCUCGUACACCACCAGUCUCCGGGACCAAGGAUAUACCUACAGGUGCAGAAAACUGCCUUGCGGGGUUGACCUUUGUAUUCACUGGCGUGCUUGAAACACUAGGCCGCGAAGAAGGUGCAGAAUUGGUCAAACGAUACGGUGGCAAGGUUACUGGCGCGCCUAGCAGGAAAACAAGUUAUGUUGUGCUGGGCGGCGAGGCUGGACCAUCGAAGCUCAAGACCAUACAGAAUUUCCAGCUAAAAACCAUCAACGAAGAUGGCCUUUUUGAGUUAAUUCGACGUUUGCCUGCAAAUGGUGGCUCAGGGCAAGCCGCAGAAGCAUUCAGCGCCAAACAGAAGGCUGAAGAAGAGAAGGUCAAGGCUUUGGCAGCUGAAAUUGAUGCAGAAGAGAAGAAGCAGAAAGCAGCAAUGGAGAAGAAGUCAACUCCCCAACAGACUCCCAGCAAAGGAAAAGCCACAGUAUCUUCGCAGGAAUCCCCAGUGAACGAUCAGCUCUGGACCACCAAAUAUGCGCCAACAGCUGCCAGCAUGAUCUGUGGUAACAAGGCGGCCGUUGAGAAGAUCCAGACAUGGUUACGCAACUGGCACAACAAUGCCAAAAAGGGAUUCAAGGUUGGUGGGAAAGAUGGAUCUGGCAUCUAUCGCGCGGUCAUGAUCCACGGACCUCCAGGAAUCGGCAAAACCACAGCCGCACACCUAAUGGCUAAACUUGAAGGGUUCGAUAUCGUUGAAACCAACGCGAGUGACACGAGAAGCAAAAAGCUCGUUGAAACUGGGCUACUAGGUGUUCUCGACACAACAUCUCUUCAAGGUUAUUUUGCUGGAGACGGCAAGAAGGUGGACAGUGGGAAACGAAAUCUUGUCUUGAUCAUGGAUGAGGUUGACGGCAUGUCUGCCGGUGACCGAGGAGGUGUUGGAGCAGUGGCAGCCAUCGUCAAGAAGACCAAUAUCCCCAUCAUUCUCAUCUGCAACGAGCGAAGGCUGCCGAAGAUGAAGCCAUUCGACCAUGUCACUUUUGAUAUUCCAUUCCGCCGCCCGACUGUGGAGCAGAUCCGCGCCAGAUUGUCCACCAUCUGCUUCAGGGAAGGUAUCCAGAUGCCUCGCCCUGUGCUAGACAGCUUGAUCGAAGGAACGCAUGCAGACAUUCGGCAAGUCAUCAACAUGCUGUCCACUGCGAAGCUCGAUCAGUCCACUAUGGACUUUGAUAAGGGCAAGCAGAUGUCCAAGGCAUGGGAGAAGCACAUUAUUCUCAAGCCCUGGGACAUUGUUAGCAAGAUCCUGAGUGCCCAGAUGUUUUCACCAAGCUCAAGUAGCACCUUGGAAGACAAAGCUCAGCUUUAUUUCAACGAUCACGAAUUCAGUUAUCUUAUGCUCCAAGAGCAUUAUCUCAAAACAAAGCCUACUCUCGCAAGCAAUUGCAUGGAUCCGAGAGAAAAGAGACUGAAGGAGCUUGAGUUGAUCGACAAUGCUGCCUCUAGCAUUAGUGAUGGCGAUCUCGUUGAUCGAAUGAUCCACGGGACUCAGCAACAAUGGAGUCUUAUGCCAACUCAUGCCAUGUUCAGCUUUGUUCGCCCCGCCAGCUUUGUCUACGGCAAUAGCCAAGAACGGCCCGCGUUCACUUCCUGGCUUGGAAACAACAGCAAACAAGGCAAAUUGACUCGUUUCGUCAAGGAGAUUCAAGGCCACAUGCGCCUUCGAACUUCCGGCAACCGGGACGAGAUUCGGCAGCAGUAUCUGCCUAUGGUAUGGGAUAAAUCGGUUCGACAACUCCAAGAUGUCGGCAAAGAAAGCGUAGAUGAUGUGAUUGAUUUUAUGGACUCCUACUUCUUGACACGCGAUGACUUCGACGCCAUUAUGGAACUGGGACUUGGACCCAUGGAUCAGUCUAAGGUCAAAUUGGAAACACAGACCAAGGCAACUUUCACUCGUCUCUACAACCAACGCUCACACCCUCUGCCAUUCAUGAAGGCUAGCAAUGUUGUGGCGCCGAAGGCAGCCCCCAAGGAAAAGCCGGAUAUCGAAGAUGCCAUUGAAGAGUCCGACGAAGAGGAGGUCGUGGAAGAGGUCAAGGACGAAGAUGAUGAAUUGGAUUUGAAGAAGGAUAAAUACGUGAGCCAGCCAAAGAAGAAGGCAGCCCCUAAGAAGAAAGGGAAGAAGGCCGCUGAGGAUGAUGGCGAAGAAAAGCCAAAGAAGGGUCGGAAAGCGAAGGCCAAAGCUUAG